GGUGGUUCAGAUAUCAGCGCUCUGCGCGCAACAGGACGCACUAAACCGAGUCUGAGAAACGGAACGUACAAACUUCUGCUGCCACUUGUGAUUUUAUUCAUUGUUAAAGACGUUUUCUCUCAAAGGAAAAAGUUACAAAAGAAAUGAAAGCGUGGCAGACUCGUUUUCUGUACUUUCUGGUGUUGAAUGCAGCCGUGCAGUAUGUGACUUCUUUGGAAGAGGAGCUCGCCGAUUCUAUUUUUGGUAACUUCCUCGACCCUAUAAAAGACGUGUUGGACCCCAAGGAUGCCGCCAAUCAAACUGUUGCCAAAUUCUCUCUCCGAAAACCGUCCGACCCCGAUAAUGACCUGUGCUACAUUGUUCCCGGCAAGCCCGACUCGCUGGCAGCCUGCACCUUUAACAGCACCUCCAAAACCUUUCUAGUAAUCCACGGAUGGACGCUGAGUGGUAUGUUCGAAAGCUGGGUGGCUAAGCUGGUGUCGGCGCUGUACGAGAGAGAGCAGACGGCAAACGUCAUCGUUGUGGACUGGCUCAACUCGGCACAGAACCACUAUGUGGUGGCAGCUCAGAACACCAAGGCGGUGGGACAGGAGAUCGCUCGCUUCAUUGACUGGAUCGAGGAGACCACCAACAUGCCUCUUGAUAACCUCCACCUCAUUGGCUACAGCCUUGGGGCUCACGUGGCAGGAUUUGCUGGAAGCCAUGCGACCAAUAAAGUCGGACGAAUCACUGGUCUGGACCCAGCUGGUCCUGACUUUGAGGGGAUGCACGCCCACAGGCGUCUCUCCCCAGACGACGCUCACUUUGUGGACGUCCUCCACACUUUCACGCGGGGCUCUCUGGGUCUCAGCAUCGGGAUCCAGCAGCCCGUCGGCCAUGUAGACAUUUACCCCAACGGAGGCAGCUUCCAGCCAGGCUGCAACCUCAGGGGGGCCCUUGAGAAGAUCGCCAACUUUGGGAUAUUUGCUAUCACCGAUGCAGUCAAGUGUGAACACGAGCGCUCGAUCCACCUGUUCAUCGACUCUCUGCUGAACGAGCAGGAAGCAGCCAAGGCCUACAGAUGCGGCAGCAACGACAUGUUUAACCGCGGCAUGUGUCUCAGUUGCCGUAAAAGCCGCUGCAACACGGUGGGCUACGACAUCAGCAAGGUCCGCAAGGCACGCAACGUUCAGAUGUACACCAAGACACGAGCCUCCAUGCCUUUCAGAGUUUACCACUAUCAGCUGAAGAUCCACUUCUCCAGCAAAGUGAACCGUUCAGAGAUGGAGCCUUCACUCACCGUCUCACUGUACGGAACAAAAGGAGAGUCAGAAAACCUGGAGCUUAAACUAAAGGAAAAAAUCGCUACAAAUAGGACACAUUCAUUCCUGCUAGUGACGGAGAAAGAUAUCGGAGAUCUCUUGAUGUUGAAGUUUAAAUGGGAGGAGACAAACGGUUGGUCAGCUGCCAACAUGUUGAAGAUGGUUUCUUCUUGGUGGUCUGGUGACUCAGACAGCGCUGACAUGGAGGUUCACAAGAUCCGCAUCCGAGCUGGCGAGACCCAACAAAAGAUGGUGUUCUGCGUAAAAGAUCCCGAAGCUCCGAAGUUAACACAAGAGGUCACGUUUGUUAAAUGUAAAGAUGCAUGGAGGACAAACUCAAAACGAGCUCCAAAAAGAAUAACUCUGGAGAACCACUGACCUCGAAGAAAAGACCUCCUCUGUCCAUUUCAGCACUUAAAGUAAAUAAUUUAUACACCUGUAACUGUAAUUUUAUUUCUCAUAAUUAUACAAAAAACUCACUGCCUUGUAUAUAUCCACAAAUGUAUGUUUGUUAUUUAAAACAACAUGUAUGUGAAUACUGUAAAAUAUUAUGUAAAGAGCUGUUUUUAUGACACAUAACUAACUAACUACCAUCGUCUUUGGUGCAUCUUCUGCUUCCAAAGACAUGGAAAGUCACUUGAGAGCCUCACAUACUGAGAGGUACGACUGACCGGAUUUACCUUAAUAGUUCUGGAGGUACUGAUGUUGUAUAAAGUAACAUUUUUAUAUUAUAGCAACCACUGUGAAUAAAAUGCCCUCUAGUUGUCUGUGGACGUCUGCAGACUGAUGCCACUUCUCAAAAAGAGGGGAGCAUAACCGUUAAGGUGUUUUAUGCAAUAGGGUACACUUCAUUUACCUUUCAUGUAUUACAUACAAAGCAUUCACCACUGUGGCUCUCAGCACUGUAUGUGAUUGUGGGACCUGUAACAGUGUGCCUUACUGUAAACAGUUACCAGAAGUAAGCUGUUUAAAUUCAAAUGGUCUUAACUUUAUGUUUUUCACCUCACUGUGCUUCAUCAUUGUUAUCCUAUGACCUUUUACUGAAACAUACGAACAAUGCAAAAGUUUUUGUUGUAAACUUGUUUGUGGUAUUUGUACUGCUACACCUCUGCAGUGUUAAUGUAAAUGUUACAUUGAAGCUGUUACCUUAAAGAAGACAUUUUGUCUGCCAUGAUUCCAUUUAAGUGGCUAAAUUUAAAGAGGUACGUGUGUUGUACUGUUUAUCAUGAGACGCCCCUUGACUCUUAAUUUCUUCUGUGCAUUUGACUUUAUAAAUCUUGACUGAAGCUCUUUUAUUCACAAUUAUAUUUCCAGUUCUGUGAGCAAUAUCUAAACCUCGGCUCUUUAGAGAUCGGUACUGUAAUCAUUGUGACUUCAUUUCCACCUAAAAGUGUGGAAAUGUUUAACUUUUGCACUGAAAACAGGGGAAAAGAUGUUGAACCACGUUACUUGUACAGUCAUGUAAAUACUGUAAUACAGAUGAUUUUUAUAGUAGGGAACACUGUUAGUUGUAUAUUUUUAUCCCUCGCUGAAUUUAAUCUGCAAAAUGCAUUUCUAUAAUCUUUUGUACAAAGUUGUAAAUAUCCACUGUACUGUAUAAAUCCUUUAAUAAACCAAAACUGCCAUCUGA